UCUGCAGGUGAUUAAUAGCUGAUAAGUUGUGUCUGAUGUUUGUAAAGCUGAUUGGCUUGAGUUUGGAGGAGGGAUCAAGUUACUAUAAAAGAUGAAGUGACGCACAUGAAGCUUUAGCUGGUCAAAGUCAUACAGAACUUCUUCACUCUUUCUCAUUCAGACUGAACAUAGGCUAUAAAUCAAGAGAUUUUCAUCAGAUGAUUCAAUGGUCACAAUAAAAGCACAUUCAAUGUAAGGUCAGCGUGAGGACUUGAGAAAAAAGGAACUGUAACAGGACUUCCGAUUACAUUUGUAAAGAUGACAUGUGCAAAUGUGAUAUCGAGGUUGGGCAGCCCUGUUCUGCCAGUCUCUGUGAUGUCUGUGGAUCUGGCCAUCGGCUUCAGGUGCAGAAGCUCCCCGCGCAUCAACCACCUGCUCGCCGUGUCCUCUCCCAAACCUCUGCGGUCCUGUAUCACCCGUCUGCCGGUAUUAGAGUACAGACACCCUCCACCGACAGCCCUCCCAACAACCACCAAGAGCGGCCGCAGGGGGAAGCGCGUCGCGUUUGCCGACUCCAAAGGGCUUUCUCUCAUCACAGUGCGCCUGUUCUCCGAGAAAGAAGAGAAAAUCGCGUGUGAGCCCUUGCCACGGCUGAAGAAGCUGAACCGUGUUCUCGAGACAUCGAGGUUGCGUCUUGGGUUUGACGAGCCUUGCGUCGAUUUCCAGGCGUUCAGAAGUCGCCUUCAGGAAAACAUGGUGCUUUUGGAGAGCUGUAAGGUCACCAAACGCUCCGUCCUGGGCACCGUGCGCGUCAGGAAUGUCUGCUUCGAGAAAGCGGUUCAUAUUCGCGUUACUUUCGACACUUGGCGCAGUUACCGGGACGUGCCGUGUACUUACCUGGAUCAGCGCUAUGGUGAACCGGGAACAGACGUGUUCGAGUUUAACAUCACAGUUCCUGAACAAAUGGACUCCCGAGGACGGAUUGAAUUCUGCGUGUCCUAUUUGCCAUGUGGAUUUAGUGAUGCUGUAUGGGAUAAUAAUUAUGGCAGAAACUACUGUAUACAUGUUUGUGACACAUAAGUGUGGAAACUGAUAACAAAAUGUGCCGUUUACACAGCUUGCUGACCUGAUUAGCACAAAGAACUGACUAAAUGUGCCCUGAUCACUAGGAGGCUUAUUGGAGUAUUUACCCCCUGUUUUUUAGACAUUUAUUUUUGGAACGUGGCAUUUUGUUUAUAUUUGGCUAAAAAUAUUGCAGAAACUGGAUAAUGUAAUUUAAUAUUUUACUAUCAGGUGUAUUUUAUCAAAUAAAUGUAAGUAUUUUAUCACUUAUUACGAUUAUUUAUUGUUGAUCAUUAUCGUCAUAAGCAGGAGAUGUUUCACUAUUGAGAGGCUGUGGAUCUGAACAUUAGUUUUACUUUCUUAUUAAUGGGUUAUGUCAAGUCAUCCAAAUUUCAGAAACUGCCCCAGCUGAAUCUUUAGAUUGUUAAAGGGAUAGUUCACCGAAAAAUACAUUUACUCACCCUCAUGAAAUCCCAGAUGUGUGUGACUUUCU